GCUGAUGUUAGCCUCACGGCCACAGCAGCUGGACCUCAGCCGUCCCAAGCCAGUGCAGCAACCAAUUGGCCCCUCUGAGUGGCCCAGCGGUACGACUGCGCGCUGACAGGGGUGCGCCAUAGGGCUCGGGCUAGCAGAGUAGAGCGGGUGGCAGCUCCCUCGACCCAUCUUUUGCCAAGACGCGGUCUGCUCCAUCCUCUCUCCAUCUUCCACUUUCCACCAACACAACAUCAACUCCCGUAAAGUGAUCACCACUUCAGCAAUGCGCCUCUCCAGCAUUGCUACCAUGCCGUAAUCAGCAGCUGUACCUCCAAAUUCCCAGUCGGCUACGACUCGAACACGACAGCCUCCAGCCGUCCACCUCGAAGCUCCAUCGGCCGACCCUCCUCUUCAUCUGCCCAUCAUCAUGGCUCCCCGUGCCCACAGGGCCUCAGACGCCUCGACCAUCGGGUCUGUCGCGCCCGAUGCCUUUCCUGAGCUCCUCACGACAGCGCCCACUCCAGACGCCACCGAGGCCCUCAGCCCUGCCAGCGCUCCCGCCUUCCUUCCACCGCCUCCGCGAGCCGCCCGCGGCAACAGCCACGUCCACUACGGCCUCAGUGUGGACACCGACAACCUCCCACCACCAUCCUCGACCUCUGCCCCAGCCGAUGCACAGGCGGGCACGGCGGCUCCGACGUCCUUCCCCUUCUCGCCCGGUGCACUUCGCCGCCGGAACACUCGCGCAAACACAUUCCGCGCCAUCGAAGAGUUUCAGGAAUUCGAGCUCAACCACCAUGGCUGGCGACCUGGAGCUGAGCCCGGUGUCGACCCCGAGAAGGCCGAUGGCGGCCACCCAGGCUCGACGCCCGACCUGCACGCCGCCUGCCAGAUCACCGUCGUCGACUUUUCGCAGGAGAAGCUCGAGAUCCACGAGUGCAAUAACCAGCAGCUGAUAGACUUUGUCAAGAAGCCCCAGCCGGACUGGGUCAAGUGCCGCUGGAUCAACGUCAAUGGGCUCAGCUGGGACGUCAUCCAGGCAUUGGGCCAGUACAAGAAGCUCCACCGCCUCGCCAUCGAGGAUAUCAUGAACACCCGCAACCGCACAAAGGCCGACUGGUACACCAACCACACCUUCAUGAUCAUGACCUGUCUCAAGCUUGUCCGCACAGGAGACAGCGACAGCAGCAGCAGCGAUAGUGACAGCAGCGAUGACGAUGACCACUUCAGCGUCCGGUCCGACAAGGGAUGGGCCAAGGCCGGUCGUAGGGUCAAGACGUUCUUCACCGGUAGCGCGGCGCAACGGUCCUCGGCUACUCGGGCGCUCGAAGCCGCACGCAAGACUAGGAAAAGCUCGAGACCGGGGCCGGUGCCGGGUCACAGCUUUACACACACCGUCUCCGGCGUGUCCGAGGCAUUCAAUCCUUUCACUCUGACGACGUUACAGCGGUUCCAUGCUGGUGGCAACGACGCGCGCACAACAUACAUGGAGACGCACUCCGCGCUGGUCCAAAAAGGGGUGGCAGUCAUGGCGGAGCAGGUAUCGCUGUUCCUGACAUCGGACAACUGCGUCAUUGCAUUCUUUGAGAACUCUGCCGAUGACGUGGAGGAGCCCAUCUUGAGUCGGCUCAACAGCCCAGACACGAUCCUGCGCAAGUCGUGCGACGCGUCCAUGGUCACGCAGGCCAUCAUCGACGCCAUCAUCGACAUGGCCAUUCCGGUGACGGCAUGCUACGCCGACGUGGUGGCGGAUCUGGAGCUCGACGUGCUCACACACCCGAACCUCAAGCACACCAAGAACCUGUACAUCAUCAUUUCCGAGAUCAACAAGAUGUUUAGCUUGAUCAACCCGAUGCAGGCGCUGAUCAAUGGCCUGCGCGACCACAAGACCAAGUACAAUGACCGCGAGGCGUCGCAGAAGCUGCAGAGCUCUGUCGAAGGGGUCAUCAUCACGCCGCUGACGUACACGUAUUUGGGUGAUGUGUACGACCACUGCGUGCUCAUCAUCGACAACCUGAACCAGAUCAAGGAGAGCGCAAACCACAUGAUUGACCUCAUCUUCAACACGAUAGCGACGUAUCAGAACGAGAGCAUGAAGCAGCUGACGACGGCGACAAUCCUGUUCCUGCCGCUGACCUUCAUCACUGGUUACUUUGGGCAGAACUUUGCAGACUUCCCUACAGCUACGGGGCCCGACAACACCAGCAUCAAUUACUUGUGAGUACUUGCGCGAGGGCAGCUUGUGGCGUGGAACACCAUACUGACUGUCGCAUUUGCAGCUGGUACAUUGCGGUGCCGACCG